UAGAGAUAACCAACAUCUUCUGGAAUAACAGAUACUCUGAAUGCAGGAAAGGAAAAACUAAGCGUUGAUCACUUUCUGAAAGUUCAUGUUUUUUUAUUCUGUUGUAGAACAAUUUAGAAACUGAGGAUAUUUUGAAGCUACUUUCCAAACUCUGAGUGUCAUAGCUUGGAAUAAAGGAGCAUUUGCCUUAUACACAGUAUAGUAUCAGGAAGGAAAACCUUUAAGUUAACCUUACUGAAAGGAUCCACAAGGAAGGGGAUUGACAGAUGGCUUGCGCUCAGAGUCAGUUGACGUUUGAGGAUGUGGCUAUCCAUUUCUCCAAGGAGGAAUGGAAAAGCCUGCAUACUUCUCAGAGGGAGUUGUACAGAGAUGUCAUGUUGGAGAUUUAUAGCCACCUGGUUUCUGUAGGUCUUUCUGAUACAAAACCAGAACUAAUCAUGUGUCUUGAACAAAAGAAAGAAUCCUGGAUGGAGAAUACAGUGAAAGUAAAAGGUCUGGAACCAGCUCUCUAUUAUUAUCCAUUUCAGGAUUUGUUCCCAAAAGUGCUGAAAGAGCAUACUUCUCAAAGAGUAAUAUUAGGAUGUUUUGGAAGAAACAAUGCUGGGGAAUUACAUAAAAAGAAGUUCUCUGCCUGCAGAUAUGUCAAUGAAGAGCCUGAAUCAUAUGUUGCUGGAAAGAAAAGAAAAGAUUUCAACUGUACAGAAUGCUGCAAUUCUUUUGCCCAUAGGUUUUCUUGUCAGGUUCAUCAGACAACCCAAACUGGAGAAGAAAAGACUUUCAUGUGUGAAGCAUGUGGCAAGUCUUUUACUCAGAGUUCAUUACUUCAUGCUCAUCGCGGGAUACUUAAUGGAGAGAAACCUUACAAAUAUUUUAUGUGUAGAAAGUCCUUUACUGCAUACUCAAAUCUUCAAGUUCAUCAAAGAAUACAAGCUGGAGAGAAACCUUACAAAUGCUCAAAUUGUGACAUGUCCUUCAAACAGAGAUCAGCCCUUCAAGUUCAUCAAAGAAUACAUACUGGAGAGAAACCUUACAAAUGCUCAGAUUGUGACAAGGCCUUUAAACAGAGAUCAUCCCUUCAAGUUCAUCAAAGAAUACAUACUGGAGAGAACCCUUACAAAUGCUCAGAUUGUGACAAGUCCUUUAAUUGGAAAUCAUCCCUUCAAGUUCAUCAAAGAACACAUACUGGAGAGAAACCUUACAAAUGCUCAGAUUGUGACAAGGCCUUUAAAGAGAGAUCAUCCCUUCAAGUCCAUCAAAGAAUACAUACUGGAGAGAAACCUUACAAAUGCUCAGAUUGUGACAAGUCCUUUAAUCGGAGAUCAGCCCUUCAAGAUCAUCAAAGAACACAUACUGGAGAGAAACCUUACAAAUGCUCAGAUUGUGACAAGGCCUUUAAACAGAGAUCAUCCCUUCAAGUUCAUCAAAGAAUUCACACUGGAGAGAAACCGUACAAAUGUAGUAUGUGUGACAAGGCCUUUAUUAAAGGCUCAAAAGCUCAAGCUCAUCAAAGAAUACACACUGGAGAGAAACCUUACAAAUGCCCAGAUUGUGACAAGGCCUUUGAUUGGAGAUUAACACUUCAAGUUCAUCAAAGGAUGCAUACUGGAGAGAAACCUUACAAAUGCUCAAAUUGUGACAUGUCCUUCAAACAGAGAUCAGCCCUUCAAGUUCAUCAAAGAAUACAUACUGGAGAGAAACCUUACAAAUGCUCAGAUUGUGACAAGGCCUUUAAUCGGAAAUCAUCCCUUCAAGUUCAUCAAAGAACACAUACUGGAGAGAAACCUUACAAAUGCUCAGAUUGUGACAAGUCCUUUAAUCGGAAAUCAUCCCUUCAAGUUCAUCAAAGAACACAUACUGGAGAGAAACCUUACAAAUGCUCAGAUUGUGACAAGGCCUUUAAAGAGAGAUCAUCCCUUCAAGUCCAUCAAAGAAUACAUACUGGAGAGAAACCUUACAAAUGCUCAGAUUGUGACAAGUCCUUUAAUCGGAGAUCAGCCCUUCAAGUUCAUCAAAGAAAACAUAAUGGAGAGAAACCUUACAAAUGCUCAGAGAUCAUCCCUUCAAGUUCAUCAAAGAAUUCACACUGGAGAGAAACCGUACAAAUGUAGUAUGUGUGACAAGGCCUUUAUUAAAGGCUCAUAAGUUCAAGUUCAUCAAAGAAUACACACUGGAGAGAAACCUUACAAAUGCCCAGAUUGGGACAAGAACUUUGAUUGGAGAUCAACCCUUCAAGUUCAUCAAAGGAUACAUACUGGAGAGAAACCUUACAAAUGCUCAGAUUGUGACAAGUCCUUUAAUCAGAGAUCAACCCUUCAAGUUCAUCAAAUGAUACAUACUGGAGAGAAACUUUACAAAUGCUCAGAUUGUGAGAAGUCCUUUAAUCAGAGAUCAUCCCUUCCAGUUCAUCAAAGGAUACAUACUAGAAAGAAACCUUACAAAUGCUCAGAUUGUGACAAGGCCUUUAAACAGAGAUCAUCCCUUCAAGUUCAUCAAAGAAUACAUACUGGAGAGAAAUCUGAUAAAUGUAAAGAAUGUGGAAAGUCCUUUCCUACAGUGCCAAAUCUUAAAGUUCAUCAAAGAAUACAUACUGGAUAGAAACCAUAUAGCUGUAAUGUAUGUGCAAAUCCUUUACCACAGGAUCGUAACUUCAAAUUCAUCAAAGAAUACACACUGGAGAGAAACCAUACAAAUGUAGUAUGUGUGUCAAGACCUUUUUGAAACGAUCAUCACUUAAAGUUCAUCAAAGAAUACAUAGUAGUCAGAAACCUUAAAAUGUUCAGAUUGUAGACAAUUUAAACAAAUCUCCACACUUCAAUUUCACCAAAGAAUACACACUGAACAGAAAGCUUACAAUAGCAUAGAAUGUGCUAAGUCUUUCGCCACAUGGUAAAAUCUUCAAGUUCUUCAAAGAACACACACUGGAGAGAAACCUUACAAGUGUUCAGAUUGUGGAAAGUCCCUUAAACUGAGGUCAACAUUUCAAAUUCAUCAAAAAAUAUAUCCUGGAGUAUAACCUUGCAAAUGAGAUGCAUGUGAUAAGUCCCUUACAAAGAGCUCAAUACUUACGUUUCAUCUAAGAAUACAUAAAAGAGAAAUGGCAGAAAAUAUACAAAUUGUGGCCAGUUCUUUUGCCUAUGAUUCACAUCUUUAAAGACACUUAAUGACUGGAGAAGGCAGAAUCCUUAAUAUUGAAUGUAUAUGUCACAUGCUGUGUCUUUUUCUCCUAGAUCAUUUCAGCAAAAUCUCAGUACAUCCAAACUUGAGAGAAAACUUAUGAAUGUUAAUCACAUAAGAAAUCCUUUUUUGGGUAGUUAAAUCUUAACGAAUAAUACAGAAUCUAUACUAGAUGAACACUGACAACUUUAAUAAAAACGUAGGAACUUUUAUGGGGUGCUUAAAUAGUCAAACCCCAUAAAUCAUUAGUAAUGGAAAUAAACCAAACACAUGUAGACUGCUAUACAAAAUUUUCAAAGGAUGGUCAAAACCUAGAGCAUUCUGAAAAUACAUGUAAGAGAACAACUCAAUAUGGAAUUAGUGUCCCAAUACUCUUACAAAGAUAAGGUGAUUUAUAAUGUGUAUAGAAGAAGGAAACUUUUAGCAUAUGUUGAAACUUUAUUCACAGUUAGAUGAGGGGCAUUACUAAUCCUUAUGAUCAUUGUUGUUUUAAAACCAUUCUACAAAGUAAUAAAAUGGUUAUUCAUAAAAGUAUUGUUGGAAAAAUCAUCUAUAUAUGCAUUGAUAUAUAUAUCUCAGUACUAAACUGAAAUCAAAUGUUAAAAUGGUAUGCAUUGAAUUUAAUAAUAGUUGAAGGCAAACAGAUUUGAAAAUGUGAAUUCUUAUUUAUCCUAGGGUAAUUUUAGUAAUAACCAUCCAAUUCAAUAUCACGGUGAAAUUUUCUGUAUCUUUUAUGUGACAGUAUAUUGAUCUCUUAUUUAUAAUAGCUUUGUAUAACUAUCAUUGUGUUACUAGUGCUUGAAAUUUUACAGAAUGUAAUAUAGAUUGUUUUUAGCCUUUUGUGUAUUACUAUUUUCUCAAUUAUCAAUAAAUAUAACUUGUUUUCAA